AUGAGCUCCUCGGAUGAGGUGUCAGCUCCUGAAGUCAGUGGGGACGAGGGUGCCCCUUCUACCGGUGACUUGAAUUCCUGGGCCCUAGAGACUGCUCCGGAAGCUGACCUGGGCCAGGAGGGCAGGGAGCACUUAGGAGACACCCUGAACAUCCCCACAGUUCCAGAGGCUGCAAGUCUCAUCCAAGGUCCUCUGGAGACUCGAGAGGGUGAGGGCGGCAUCCCGGGUAUUGAAAGCUAUGAGUUGGAGGCGGGGCCAAAGUCGGAAGCAACAGAAAACGUGCCUAGGGACCCAGCAGACCGGAUCAGUUCCCCUGUGGGCCAAGAAGAGGUCGGAGAGGUGGACAGGAACUUUUUGCCCCAGCUCAGUAUUGAGGCUAUCACUAUAAUGAGAGAGCUAACCAACCUACAGACCCGUAGAGUCUGCAGGUACCCGUCCCCACAAACCUGUGCCGCCGAACUGGCUGCCCUUUGGGGAAAUAUAGAUGAAGGCUCCAAUAGAGGAGCGCUGUCGCUGAGCGCUGUCGAAGGGAAGCAGGUCACUGCAGGCUCACUGUACCCCAGGGGCCUGGGGCGAAGCAGAGGCUGGGUGACCCCGAGAAGAGGCGCUACAAGUAGGAUGGUGAGCAGUGAGGAUGCCCAAUGUCCCAUCUCAAACCCUGUGUCUUCUGAUGAGUCCACUGAGACCCAGAUGAUGAGGGUGACCAUUUGCCUCAAAGAAGGAGGCCAGGCCAAGUCCAGUGGCCCCACUGAGCUGGAAGACACGGCCAAACACACGAAUGUCCAAGGCAGGGGAAGUUUUGUCCAUGUGCCCCCCUCUGUACUGUCCAGUGCUACCCGGGGUCUCAGCUCAGGCAUGGAAAAGCAGGCUUCAGGAGAGCUGGAAGGCUCUCUGUGUAAGAAAAAGCCAAGUAUGGUCUGGGGCAAAGAAGGGAGCAGACCAGGCUAUCCAGGAGCUUCUGCUGCCUCUGCCGCUGCAGCUGCCUCUGCUGCGGCCUCUGCCCCUGCUCCUGUUGCCUCAAGUACCGUGCCCAAGACCAGUACUAGAAAGAAGACAGCUCAGGAGAAGAAGGCCUUGUCAGAUGCCUCAAGAGGACCCCUGGGAAGAACCUUCCCACCAUGGGGGCAGAGACUCAGGUCAGCCCCUGUAGGCCUAGCUACCCUACCUCCAAUCUCCGGGGUUGCCCUGCUAGGGAAGACCAGUAAAUGCUCACUGCCUUCGGGGCCCAAAGAGUGCAAGCCCUUCUGUACUGGGAAGAGAGGCACGGCAAAAAAGACAAAGGAAUCCCAGCCAGUGGCCAAAGAAGAUAACGACCAAACCAGAGAUCUUAGCCUGCAAACCCAACUUCCAACACACAGGGCAGAGCAACCUUGCACUUGCUUGCAUCGUGGAGAAAUGACCAGUGGAGACCACAACUUCCGAGCACCCCACGUUCCAGGAAACUCCCAGCUCUUGACCUUGAGCCAGAGAAGUGCCAGACCCAGAGCACCUGCACCAGGUGGGGACAACAAUCGAUCUGUGAGUCCUUUAUUACCUGUUGGAGAUGGGCAGCAAGCAUUACAAGGCACACCAGGUUGUCCCCAGUGUCUGAUGUUGCAGAAGGAAAUAGAGGAACUCAAGGAACAACUAGGUAUGACCGACCCAGGGCAGGGAAGUGGUGCCAUCAUGCAGGCCCUCAACGAAAAGUUCCAGGCCCUUUGA